AUGGCAUCCACUCGGACUAAUCUACAGUCAAGGCGAAAGACAUUUGUGAUGGCAUCCGGCCUCGUCGGGACCGUAUUUGUCACCGUAGGUCUUGUCUUGGCUCUAAUCGUCAGACUCGCGCCUAUCUUCUACAACUACGACGACGAAUCUCUCCCAGAGAACCCCAAUAUCAGUCUCCGUUCUUGUCAUGCAUCCCCAAUCCCGUGCAGUUCCCACAAUGACUAUUGGAGAAAGAAGCCGCUCCAUUCAGCGUUGCUCGCAGGCUGCAUUGGCGUAGAGGCCGAUGUUUGGGCUUUCCAAGACGAACUAUUUGUUAGUCAUGACAGAAGUCGCCUUGCCACAGACCGCACCUUGUCGACCUUGUACAUAGAUCCUCUGGUCAGGAUUCUACAAGACCGAAACUCGGCGACAGGUGCUGCCCUUCCAACCCAGGGCGUCUAUGGCAUCGAUCCGAACCAGACUCUAGUUCUCUUGGUGGAUAUAAAAGCGAAUCCAGUUGCUGCAUGGCCACUCCUACUUGAGAAUCUGGAACCACUUCGAAAAAGGGGUUGGCUAAGCCAUAUAAAAAACGGGUCGCUCAUUCAAGGCCCCAUCACAGUCGUCGGGACGGGAAAGACGCGAGUUGAACAAGUAGAGGCGAACCCCUCAAGAGAUGUCUUCCUCGAUGCACCUUUGGCAAAGCUGAAUAAGGGCACGUACAACAAAAUCAACUCAUACUACGCCAGUGUUUCCUUCCGAAGGUCGAUUGGGCUAGUCGGGCCUCGAGGUUUGCGACAGUCACAGCUCCUCAAGGUGCGAAACCAGAUCAAGGAAGCGCACAGUCUAGGACUCAAAGUGCGGUAUUGGAGUUUGCCGUCAUGGCCUUUGCCCAAGAGGAAUCAACUUUGGGAUGUUCUCGUUAACGAAGGCCUCGAUAUCCUCCACGUCGACGAUGUGAUUGGGGUGAGAGGCAUUUUCGAGAAUAGGUAG